UAUCUUUUUCGCAAAGGUUGUUUCAAUCGGAUAAAUUCCAUUAUCUGCCAACGCAGCUGUGACUAGAAAAUCAACAAUUUCAUCCUAAUUUUGUCAUUUAGACUCAGAAUUUAUUAAAAGAGUCGUUGAUCCCACCACUAAUCCACCCACCACCGCUGCUUCUCUUUCUCUCCGAUCAAACACUUUUCACAGCAAUGGCUGCUCAGUUGAGUGAGCAGGUUGUCCAAGUAGAGUAUCUUGAUGUACUCACCAACACCGGAGAGAAAACCGGCGUAUCUAAACCCAGGGGUGACGUCCACAGAGAUGGGGACUAUCAUCGAGCUGUACAUGUGUGGAUAUUUGCUGAGAGCACGCAAGAACUUCUUGUCCAACUUCGUGCUGAUUGCAAAGAUUCCUGGCCUGGCCAUUGGGACAUCUCUAGUGCAGGUCAUAUCUCUGCUGGAGAUUCAUCUCUUGUCACAGCGAGGAGGGAGCUUCAAGAAGAGCUUGGUAUUACACUUCCAAAGGAUGCGUUCGAAAAACUAUAUAUUUUGCUUGAAGAAUGGGUCACAAAUGAGGGGAAAUUCAUUAACAAUGAAUACUGUGAUGUCUAUCUUGUGACAACAAUAGACCCAAUUCCACUAGAGGCCUUUACUCUUCAGGAAUCUGAGGUUUCAGCAGUUAAAUAUCUACAUUAUGAGGAGUAUAAGAGCUUGCUUGCGAAGAAAGAUCCUCAAUAUGUGCCUUAUGAUGUCAAUGGUCAAUAUUGUCAGUUCUUUGAAAUACUGUCAAAAAGGUACAAACAAAAUGCUGAAACACGUGCUACGAUUCUACAAAAGCAGCUGAACCGUUAUGCCCCUAUUUCCCUUGGUGCAGAGUAUUCAGGGCUCAGCAGUGCAGACAAGGAAGUUCUGGCAUUAGUUGUAAAAGCAGCUAGAAUAAUGGAUGACAUUUCCUUCAUUCAGGUCUGGUACAGCAAUCCAUCUUUGAGAGACUGGCUACAGCAGCAUGCUCAAGAGUCUCGGUUGAACAACUUAAAACAGAUGUAUUUUGCUGUCAACAAGAGUCCAUGGUCAUGUCUCGAUGAAAAUGAGGCAUUUUUGACGAGUGCAGACUCAGCAGUGAAGCUGCUUCUUGAAGCUACAAAGCCAAUGGCUGGGUGGAAGGGAAUUGAAUAUAGGACAGCAUUCCCCAUUGUUAAACCACCGGGUGCAAGCUUUUACCCUCCAGAUAUGGACAAAAUGGAAUUCGAGUUGUGGAAAAAGAGUCUCCCCGAAGAUAAACAGAAGGAAGCGAUGGGCUUUUUCAAUGUAAUCAAAAGGCAAAGUGAGAGAAUAUUGGAUGAGUCUCUUUCAGUGGCCACCCAUGAUACUCAUGAUUUGUAUAUUGUGCCUUACUCUCAAGAGUACAAUGCUUUACUUACUAAGGCUUCUGAUCUAUUGCACAAAGCGGGGGACCUGACCAGCUGUUCGAGUUUGAAGAAUCUAUUGCAUAGCAAGGCUGAUGCGUUCCUAUCAAAUGAGUACUAUGAUUCAGAUAUUGCCUGGAUGGAAUUGGAUUCAAAGCUGGACAUUACUAUUGGUCCAUACGAGACAUAUGAAGACGCACUUUUUGGAUACAAGGCCACUUUUGAGGCAUUCAUUGGCAUUAGGGAUGAUGAGGCUACAAGUCAACUUAAAUUAUUUGGCGACCAUUUACAGGUUUUGGAGAGAAAUCUUCCGAUGGACGACAUUUAUAAGUCAGAAGAUGUCAGUGCAGCUCCAAUUCGAGUGGUGCAGCUUAUUUAUAAUGCUGGGGACGUGAAGGGCCCACAAACUGUCGCGUUUAAUCUUCCAAAUGAUGAACGGAUAGUAAAUGAGAGAGGAUCCUCUAUGGUCAUGCUAAAGAAUGUUUCAGAAGCAAAGUUUAAACUUAUUCUUCUGCCUAUAUCCCAUGUAUGCAUUAUGGAGGAACAACGUAAAUAUGUGGAUUUCAACUCUUUCUUCACUCACACGGUUUGUCACGAAUGCUGCCAUGGUAUUGGACCUCAUACAAUCACACUUCCGAGCGGACAAAAGUCGACUGUGAGAUUGGAGUUGCAAGAUGUUCACUCUGCUAUGGAAGAAGCUAAAGCUGACAUUGUUGGCCUUUGGGCCCUAAGGUUUCUUGUUAACAAGAAUUUACUACCAAAGACGCUGCUGAAGUCCAUGUAUGUUUCUUUUCUUGCUGGUUGCUUCCGCUCUAUACGUUUUGGCUUAGAGGAAGCUCAUGGGAAAGGACAGGCAUUGCAGUUUAAUUAUUUAUUUGAGAAGGGCGCCUUCCUUUUGCAGCCUGAUGGAACAUUUUCUGUUGACUUUGAUAAGGUGGAAGAUGCAGUGGAGAGUUUGAGCAGAGAGAUCCUCACAAUACAAGGAAGAGGCGACAAAUGUGCUGCAGAAGCUCUUCUCUCAAAGUAUUGUGUGUUGACACAACCAUUAAAAUCCGUGUUUGAGAAACUGUCGUUGAUUGAGGUUCCUGUGGAUAUAUUGCCUCAUUUCCCUAUUGCUGAUGAAGUUUUUGGUAUAGAACUUUGAUGCUGUGAAGAAAUUAAGGUCUCUCUUAAGCCUAAAAAAGAAACACAAUCAGAGGGCUUGCCUUGCUUUAGUAUAUCUUGGUUUGGUUUUGGUCGAAUAAUUGGCACUGAAAAUGACUCAGCAUUGUUAUUGCUGGCAAAAAAUAAAGGCUAGAUUAAAGAUGCCAUUUGACAGUAGUCUUAGGCAUUGUUGUAAUGUUGCACCAUUUAAAUGAAGGUAAUAACAUUUUCUUUGAA